AUGUCUAUCUGCACUCGUAAACGGGACUUGUCCUAUCUCCUAUUUUUCAUCACCCACGUCCCGAUCAUUCUCCUAAUCGACACCGUUCCACUCCUACCAGCUUUCUUCCAAACAAAUCUCUCCUACCAGCUGCGCGAGUUCUACAUAACCACCUACCGCGACAAAUUCUUCGAAGAUCCGCCAACAUGGUUCACCGUCUUCAUCUGGAUGGAGCUGCUGUACCACCUCCCAAUCUCAAUCUGGGCCGUUCGAGGGUUGAUUAAAGAUCACCCCCUUGUCCCCGUGCACCUCCUUGUUUUCGGGAUCCAGGCCUUCAUCACCACACUGACAUCUCUGGUGGUUGUGUGGAGUUGGACCGACCGCUCAGUUGGGGAGAAGCAGCAGCUUACCAUGCUGUAUGCUCCCUAUAUGGCCUUAGGCGGGUUCAUGGCUCUAGAUAUGGUAUUCCGUCUACGCGACAAACUAAUGCCGAAAAGCAAACGGGAAUAA